CUCGUAUGGUGAAAAGAGUACUAGACGCUUUACGUACUGAAAGGAUUUUGCUUCCCAUGGAGAAACAGUUGCAUUUGAAUCUGCUAGCCUCCAAACCCCCAAUGGCAGGUUUGCAGCAGUCGGGAUCUAAAAUAAGAAUGGGAUGAACGUGGUACCUUCUGGCAUUUGGAAAUUGCUCCCAAGGAUGAACCAGACUUGUGGAGGUCCACUAUUUUUUUUUUCUGAUGUCUAUGCUGAUUUCUUUUAAUUUUCCCUUGAUGUCAAGCAAAGAGGCAAUGAGUUUGAAGACCAGGAAGAAAACGAGAUUUUACCCCUCUGCUCUGGAGUCAGUACUUUGAAACUAUGGAGGAUGUGGAGGUAGAAAAUGACAAGAGCAAAGACACAUUCAGAAUUUACAGCUGUGGCUCUCAUGGUCCUGUCCUGCUGCUGCUUCAUGGAGGAGGUCACUCUGCACUUUCUUGGGCAGUUUUUACUUCUGUUAUAUGCAGCAGGAUUAACUGCCGGGUUGUAGCUAUGGAUCUUAGAGGACAUGGUGACACUAAAGUCAAGAACCCUGAUGAUCUCUCUGCUGAGACAAUGGCCAAGGAUAUUGGAAAAGUGGUGGAGGCACUUUAUAGUGAAAACCCACCACCUAUCAUGAUUAUUGGUCACAGUAUGGGCGGAGCAAUAGCAGUUCACACCACUGCAGCCAAUCACGUGCCAUCACUGCUCGGUCUUUGUGUAAUUGAUGUAGUGGAAGGUACAGCCAUGGACGCCUUGAAUAGCAUGCAGAACUUUCUGAGGAGUCGACCAAAAACUUUUAAAUCUGUGGAGAGUGCCAUAGAAUGGAGUGUGAAAAGUGGACAGAUCAGGAAUGUUGAAUCUGCACGGGUGUCCAUGGUUGGACAGGUGAAAAAAUGUGAGGAGCCCUUAAGUAGUCCAGGGGUUUCCAAGGGCAUCAGUGAAGGAAUUAUUGAAGAAGAAGAAGAAGAAGAAGAAGAAGAGGAGGAUGGAGGCGAAUCCAACCACAAAAGGAAGAAAGAAGAUGACCAAGAAUUAAAGAAAGAAAGUCUGUACACCUGGCGGAUUGAGCUCUCAAAGACAGAGAAGUAUUGGGAAGGCUGGUUUAAAGGACUGUCUUCACUCUUUCUCACCUGCACUGUGCCAAAGCUCCUCCUGCUGGCUGGUGUUGACAGGCUUGAUAAAGAUCUUACCAUUGGGCAAAUGCAGGGAAAGUUCCAGAUGCAGGUUCUUCCACAAUGUGGCCAUGCUGUUCAUGAAGAUGCCCCGGAAAAAGUAGCUGAUGCUCUAGCCACCUUCAUGGUCCGCCACAAGUUCACUGAAUUCAAGGAGGGUUUUCCCUGACGACGUAUAGUCUCCACACGUAGUCUUCAUCCAGUGACAUGCCAUCACUGUCUGCCCUCUUGCUCUACACCAGGGAUUACAAUACAACCAAAACCAUGACGACGCCUCUGCUGCAGUCAUUCUUAGCACUUCGUUUUUAAAUUAUAUUCUGUUUUGUAUUUGUUUGUUUGCUGUAGUCAUUAUGAUUACCAUGGCAAUUUUGGCUGGAAUAAUUAAUAAUAAAAUAAUCAUUUCAAAAUGUUCUGAUUAUUUAUAUUUUAAUUUCCCCCUGAAAUAAUGUCUUAUGCUUUUGCUUUGAUGCCUUGCUUGUUUAUUGUUGUAAUUAGGAUGAUUGCAUUAUGUUGUGUUCAAAGUGUUGAUCAUUGCUGAUUUCCAAGGAAAUAAUAAAUGAGAUUUCAGCAGUCUGUGCCUUUUUUAUUAUGAUAAUGAAAUUAAAUUGUAUUCCUUUUGUCUUUAUCUCUGAUCACGAAGAGUGUUACUGUUCAUUGUGUUCUCAAGUUUAAGAGAGGAAUACUGUAUAUUAAUGGGCAAAAUAUA